AUGGCUACCCCUAGUGUCCUAGCUUUUGACGCUGAGGGUCGCGCCAUUGAUUUUGAGGUCUGGUUAGACGACCUGCAGCUGUUCUUACAGUGCGACAGGGCUGACGACCUUUCUCUCUUUGACCUCACCUCUGGCGCCUCUCCUGCUCCUGCUGCCGAUGCUGAUCCCGCUGUCCGCUCUAAGUGGGCCACCCGCGAUGCUGCUGCACGUCUUGCUGUGCGUCGUCACCUCCCUACCUCUGAGCAUGCGCACUUUAGUCAGUACAAGAGUGCUCAGACAUUGUACGACGCUGUAGUUGCGCGCUACGCCUCCCCUGCCACUGCUGCACUGAGCCUCGCGCGCCUCCCUGACUCCCUUCGCGUCGUCAGGGACCACUUUCUCGCAGUCUGUCCCACCACCCUCACCGUCGACCUCCUCGAGAAGGCCCUCAUCGCAGCGGAGAAGAGCAUAGUCGCUGUAGGUGCCUCUCGUGGUGACCCUCGCACCCCCAUCUUUGAGGGGUGCUCUCCUUCCCCCUUGCUGCCCUCUGUUGCCUCUGCUGCUGCUGCCGACCUACUUGGUCUUGAGUCGGUCGGCGCGGCGUCUGCCCCUAGUGGGAGACGUCGCUCCAGCAAGGGCAAGGGGAGCAAGGGCUCGGGUGGAGCUGGAGGGGGCGGUGGCGGUGGCGGUGGUGGCGGCGGAGGGAGUGGGGGUGGCGGCGGGACUAGUGGUGGAGGUGGUGGUGGUGGUGGCAGCAGUGGCGGAGACGGUGGUGGUGGUGCCAGCGGUGGUAGUGGAGGCAGCGGCGGUAGUGGAGGCGGCGGAGGUGGAGGCGGUGGAGGCAGCAGCGGAGGAGGCGGUGGUGGUGGAGGAGGUGGAGCUGGUCGAGGUGGUACCCAGCAGCGUAGCGGCGGUGGUGGUGGCCAGCGCUCGCAGCGGCAGCAGCAGCAGCGUUCGCGGGACAUCCCUCCGCCUCAGCAGCUUCGUGAGUGGUACGCUGGGCGUCAGAGGGGUGGGGGUACUGGUCCCUGCACCUACGUUCUUCGUUCCGGCGACCGCGCGGGUGAGCAGUGUGGGGGUGCCCACGCCACCCAGCGCUGCUUUGGCCGCCUGACGGACGCUUGGCGUCGGCAGUUCCCUGGGGCUAGUGAGAUCCCUCGCUGGGAUGAGCUUCUCAGGGCUGGUGUAGCGAUCUUUGAUCUUGAUUUUGAUGCUAUCCUUGCUGCUAUGUAUGUUGUGGAUUAUAGUGAGGAGAAUGAGGGUUACCGCUGUACUGGUGAGACUGCGCUCUCAGGUACUGCGUCGUCCUCGUCCUCCCUCACUUUCACACUUGACUCCGGAGCUUCUCGCUCCUUCUUUCGAGACCGCACUACCCUUACGCCGCUCGGCCGGCCGGUUGCGGUCUCCCUUGCUGACCCCUCUGGGGGUCCUGUCCUUUCUCACUUCUCCACUGUCCUCCCGUGUCCGGCUGCCCCUUCGGGCACCCUGUCGGGUCUGUACCUUCCCUCGUUCUCUACGAACUUGGUGAGUGGAGCGGACCUGCAGGAUGUGGGGGUUCACCAGUUCACUCCUGCGAGUCAGCGGGUGACCCACUGCACGGAGGCACGCACAGGCCGACACCUGGCCACGUUCUCGCGUCGGCCGGGGUCGAGUCUCUACACCCUGACCGUUGAGUCUCCUCCUGUCCCUGCGUCUGGUCAGGUGGCUGCGUCGAGUCAGGUGUUUGCUGCUGCGUCCCGGUCAGUCUCUCCCUCCUCCUCCCCCUCCGGACCAGGACCUUCCUGUGUCCCCUGUGUCGAGGGUCGCCUCCGGGCUACUCCUCACUCCUCCCACUUCCCCCCGACAGAGGCUCCCCUGCAGACGCUUCACAUGGAUGUGUGGGGCCCAGCCCCCAUCCGUGGGCAGGGUUACGAGCGCUACUUCCUGUUGGUGGUUGACGACUACUCGCGUUACACCACAGUCCUCCCCUUGCGCAGCAAGGGUGAGGUCACUGAGGUGCUGAUCGACUGGAUCCGCGAGGCUCGUCUCCAGCUCAGGAAGAGCUUCGGCUCGGACUUUCCUGUUCUGCGUCUGCACUCUGACAGAGGCGGAGAGUUCUCUUCUCGCCUUCUGCGGGACUACUGUCGUGCACGGGGGAUCCGCCAGACCUUCACGCUUCCGGACUCACCACAGCAAAAUGGGAUUGCUGAGCGCCGCAUUGGCAUGGUCAUGGAUGUCGCUCGUACGUCCAUGAUGCAUGCGGCUGCCCCCCAUUUUCUGUGGCCGUUUGCGGUGAGGUACGCGGCGCAUCAGCUCAACCUUCACCCCCGGGUCUCUCGGCCUGCGAUGUCCCCAGCCUUGCUGUGGACGGGGAAGGUUGGCGAUGCGUCUGUGUUCCGUGUCUGGGGAUCUCGGGCGUUUGUCCGCGACUUGUCUGCGGACAAGCUGUCCCCUCGUGCUGCUCCCUGUGUCUUCCUUGGCUUCCCCACUGACGCCCCAGGGUGGCAGUUUUACCACCCCUCCUCUCGUCGUGUUCUGUCCUCCCAGGACGUCACGUUCGACGAGUCAGUCCCCUUCUACCGUCUCUUCCCCUACCGCACUCCUUCCCUCCCCCCUCCCCCGGACUUCCUUGUGCCGGUUCCCCCCCCGGUAGACCCCCUCCCCCCUCAGGUUCCUGCCCCCUCAGGUGUGUCCCAGGUAGACGUCGUUGACCCGGUCGAGGUUACUGGUGACUCUGGUGCUGCUGCGGGUGCUGAGCCUGGGGGUGCUGACUCUGGGGGUGCUGUGCGCGGGGGUGCUGAGCCUGGGGGUGCUACUGCUGGGGGUGCUGGGCCUGAGGGUGCUACUGCGGAGGGUGCGGAGCCUGGGGGUGCUGAGCUAGGGGGUGCUGUGCCUGGUGGUGCUGGGUCUGGGGGUGCUGGGUCGGGAGCUGCUGAGCCUGGGGGUGCUGAGCUGGGAGCUGCUGAGCCUGGGGUGCUGCGUCUGGAGCUGCUGGGCAUGGGGUUUCUCCUGCUGCUGCGUCUCGCCGGGAGCCCCUCUCUCCACAGGUUCUGCGCGAGUGGUUCGCUCGCCGCUGGAGGCGUGCAGCUGAGUCUGGAGGUGCUGCUGGAGCUGGAGCUGGAGCUUCUUCGACCGUCGAGGGUGCGGGUGCUGCCGGUCCCGGAGCUGCUGGACCUGCGGGUCCCCCUGGAGCUGGAGCUGCUGAGGGCGUUGGUGCUGAGCCUACUGCUGUUGGUCCUGCCGCUGGAGGUGUGGGUGGCACUGGUGCUGUCGCUGAGGGUGCUGGUGCUGUCCCUGCUGCGUCUGGAGCUGCCGCUCGGCCUCGGCCUCAGUCAGGUCCAGCUGUCCGUCGCGUCCCUGCUGGAGCCUUCCUCUCCACUACCUGCUCCCUCUCCUUACACUGGUCCUACUGGAGGUCUUGCUGAGCGUCGUGAGCCUGCGUCUCGUCCCGCGUCGCCUGUUCGUGCUGCUCGCGCUAGUGGUCGCAGUUCGCGUCAGCGUCCUCCUCCUGUCCCUGGCACGCACCGGAUGUCUUUGCGUCCGUCCACUGCUCCUCUGCGUGCCCCUUUGCCUUCUCCUCCUGAGUCCUCUCUUCCUGCGCUUGCCGACCCUGAGUCGGACUCUCUUCGUGCUGCCAGUCCUACUGUCACGCGUCUCCUUGCUACUGUCGUCACUGACCCCUCUUUUGAGUCCACUGCUGCGUCUGCUCUAGUCGCUGAGCUCCACGACUUUGCUGCUCGCUGUCGUCUCGACUACGCUGCUCGUCUUGUUGCUGAGUCUGCGUCUGUCUGUCCUCCGUCCGUCGGGGGUGAGUGUGCUCUUGGCACGGACGUCCUAGAGGACAGGGAGGAGGAGUUACAGUGUCUAGCGGCUGCUUCACCUCAUCUCGCGUCUGUACUGCUUGCCCCUGAGGGAGACCCGGAUGCACUAGACAUCCCGACUCCGCGUUCUUACGCGGAGGCCGUAGAGGGUCCCUACUCCUCUCAGUGGCAGGCAGCUAUGGAUGCAGAGAUGGCUUCCUGGAAGUCCACAGGCACCUACGUUGACGCGGUCCCCCCUCCUGGGGCGAACAUCGUCAGUGGCAUGAGGAUCUUCAGGGUGAAGCGGCCGCCGGGCUCUCCACCUGUCUUCAAGGCACGGUACGUUGCUCGUGGCUUCAGUCAGCGGCAGGGAGUUGACUACUUUCAGACCUUCUCUCCCACCCCGAAGAUGACUACUCUUCGGGUGCUGCUGCACAUAGCCGCUCAGCGCGACUACGAGCUUCACUCUCUCGACUUCAGCACUGCGUUCUUGCAGGGUAGCCUGCACGAGGAGAUCUGGCUUCGCCGUCCACCUGGCUUCACUGGGACUUUCCCUCCUGGCACCCAGUGGAGCCUCCGACGGCCAGUCUACGGUCUCCGCCAGGCACCGCGUGAGUGGCACGACACACUGAGGACUACGCUUGCGGCUCUUGGGUUUGCUCCUUCUACUGCUGACCCGUCGCUGUUUCUUCGCACCGACACUUCCCUGCCGCCGUUCUACAUCCUCGUGUACGUCGACGACUUGGUCUUUGCCACAGCAGACACUGCUGGACUUGCCUACGUGAAGUCCGAGCUGCUGAAGAGACACACGUGCACAGACCUGGGUGAACUGCGCAGCUACCUUGGCUUGCAGAUCACUCGGGACAGAGCACGCCGCACCAUUACCUUGACUCAGUGA